GAGAGAGAAACUUUUACAGAAAGGAGGGAGAGAGAGAGAAGCUGUGUACAGAUUACUCAACAGAGAAAGAGAUUGGGGAAAUCUUCUUCUCUGAGAUCCAGUGGAAGAGAUAAGGAUUGAGGUACAUGAACAGUUUGUUUUGAUUAUUGAUUCGAAUCUCGAUUCCGGACUUUGUAUAUUAUAUAAAUAAAUAUAUAAGUAUAUUUAAUUGUAUACAUUGAUGUAUUAGUUUACUGGGUCAAUUUAUCGAGGACAGACAAAGAGGUGAACGUGAAGACUUGGUUUCGUUGAAAAAAAAAUAGUUGAUCAGACAAGUCUUAGAGGGCAAAAUUAGGGAGAUGAUGUGAUUAUUCGGGUUUUCGCUGAUUUUCUUGGAAAAUUUGAGAUGGGUUUUUUUAUCUAGUUGAGUCCAAUUGACUGAAGACAGAAGUUGGGGUAUUGAUCGCAAAGUAGGGUUUUGGUUCUGAUCAGGAAAGAGGGUGUUUGGGUUUGGGGGAUUUUGUGAUGAGAAAUGGGGGAAAAUGCAGCAGCUUUGCACACUGCUGUGAAUUCUGUUCAGGCGUUAGGAAGGGGCUUCGACGUGAAUUUCGAUACAAGGUUGCUUUACUGUAAAGGAGUUUCUGGGUCUCGGAUAGUCGAGGUCGAUGGCGAGCAUAGCAAGGAUCUCUUGCUGUACGAUGAUGUAGUUGUGCCCAAUGUCUCAAGGGACAUCAGGAACUCUCAGGAGUCUUAUGGCCGUCAAAGCUCUGGCGUUUGUAGUUUCCAUGAGAUGGUGGAAUAUUUCAAUCAAAAGGCUAAUCUUUCUGGGGCCUUUCCUCUUGGUAAUUUUAAUGCUGCAUUCAAUUUCACUGGCACAAAGCAUAUUGAUGCUGCAUCCAUGAAGACCCUUUCUAUUGAUGGAUUCUACAUUCCACUUUCCAUUGUUCAGCUUAUGUCUCCGCUAGUGUUGAAAGAUAAUGUCAAGCAAGCUGUACCAAGUAAUUGGGACCCAGCAGCCUUAGCAAGCUUCAUAGAAAACUUUGGGACACAUGUUAUUAUAUCUGUAACUAUUGGUGGGAAAGAUAUGAUUUAUGUGAAACAACAUCAGCACUCAACUUUGUCCACCUUGGAGAUAAAAAACUAUGUUCAGGAUAUUGGAAAUCAGAGGUUCUCUGAUGCAGAAGGCCAUACGAGCUCAGGUCCAAUGAAACUCAAGGAUAAGGGUGUUGAUCCCGGUUUAUUUAACAGUCAAGGAGUCUAUCCUCAACCCACCAACGCUUCAUUUCUUACUGCUGGAAAAGAAGAUGUGACAGUCAUUUUCCGGAGGAGGGGAGGAGAUGAUUUGGAACAAAACCACACCCGAUGGGCAAGAACCAUCAGGUCAUCACCAGAUGUCAUUGAGAUGACAUUUUGUCCCAUAACAGCUCUUCUUGAUGGGGUAGUUGGAAAGGAUUUUCUUAUUCGGGCCAUUAAUCUUUAUCUUGAAUAUAAGCCUCCAGUUGAAGAACUGAAAUAUUUUCUGGAGUUUCAGAUUCCUCGAUUAUGGGCCCCCGUACAUGACAGGAUUCCUGGCCACUUAAGAAAGGAACCUGUUUGUCCAUCUUUGCAAUUCAGCAUAAUGGGGCAAAAGCUUUAUGUCAGCCAGGAUCAGGUAUCAGUUGGACGAAAGCCAGUAACAGGCUUGCGACUGUGUCUGGAGGGAGUUAAGCAGAAUCGGCUGUGUAUUCAUGUUCAACACUUAGCCUCUCUUCCAAAGAUUCUUCAACCGUACUGGGAUACCCAUGUGGCAAUCGGUGCUCCCAAAUGGCAGGGACCUGAGGAGCAAGAUAGCCGAUGGUUUGAGCCAGUCAAGUGGAAAAACUUCUCGCAUGUGAGCACCGCACCUAUUGAGAACCCUGAAACCUACAUUGGCGACCUCUCUGGAGUCUACAUUGUCACUGGAGCACAACUUGGAGUCUGGGAUUUUGGAUCGAGAAAUGUCUUGUACAUGAAACUGUUGUAUUCUAAGCUUCCAGGCUGUACCAUACGAAGAUCAUUGUGGGAUCAUAUCCCAAAUGAAAAGUUGAAAAAAAUAGCUACCACUAAAGCAAACUCUAGUUCUGGAGACUCAAGUUCAGAUUCAAGAGAACACUCUGGGGGUAAUAAGUUGGUGAAGUUUGUGGAUAUGUCUGAGAUGAGCAAGGGGCCCCAAGACCAUCCGGGGCAUUGGAUGGUUACCGGUGGAAAGCUCGGCGUGGAGAAGGGUAAAAUUAUAUUGAGAGUGAAAUACUCCUUGUUAAAUUACUGAUGUAAACUUGUACUAUGAUGUAGAGUUGAUUUUUGUUAGGUAGGGUGGUGUCUUUCUGAGGGCCAGUAUGAACCUUUUGCAGUGUAAGGGGGGAAUGCUUUGUUCCUUUUUUUUCUUCUUUUUCUGGGUAUUUGUCUUAUAUAAAGGUUCUGGCAGUUUUUGGUAGCGAAAUUUAGAUGUCUAGUGGUUUGUAAGUCCUAACGAAGCAAAUAUGAAUCUCUCUUCUGCAAAUUGUGAAGGUGUUUAGAUGAUGCAUAUAUAUUCUUUUCAAAAUUA